AUGCUCGACGUCAACGAUUUCAGUAUGGCACCCUCAGCGCAUAUGUCUCUCCACAUUCUCCUGCGCCAAUUCGCAUGUGUCCAUCAGGCGCAUUCCCUUGCCGAGCGCGGCGGCAACCCCGAGAAGAUCCGGGAAAGCCAGCGCAAGCGUUUCGCUCCUGUCGAGGCCGUCGACGAGGUCAUUGCUCUCUGGGAGGAUCACCGCAAGACCGCCUACUCUGCCACCCAGCUCAAUGCCAAGAUCAACGAGGUCCAGAAGCAGAUUGGCCCCAAGAAGAAGGCAUAUACCACCCAUAUCCGCGACAAUUGUUCCACGACCGGCUGCUCUAACACUACUGCGCUCGUCAAGGUCAAGACCAUCGGCAACCUCGUUCACGACUCCGUCCCCGUCUCCAACAACGAGGAUAACAACACUGUCGAGCGCAGCUGGGCUCCCGAGGGUGUCAGCUUCGAGAAGAAGGAUGUCCUCUCCCACCACGAGGUUCUCAGGAAGCUGGAUGGCUAUGACCCCGAGCGUGGUGUCAAGGUUGUCGGCCACCGCGGCUACUUCCUGAAGAAGUGGGGUGUUUUCCUCAACCAGGCCAUCAUCAACUACGGCCUCGAGUUCCUCUCCGAGAGGGAGUACACUCCCCUCCAGACUCCCCAGCUCAUGCUCAGGGAACAGAUGGCCAAGACUGCCCAGCUUUCCCAGUUCGACGAGGAGCUCUAUAAGGUUACCGGUGACCAGGCCGACAAGUACCUGAUUGCUACCUCCGAGCAGCCCAUCUCCGCCUUCCACAGCGACGAGUGGCUCCAGGCCAAGGACCUCCCCCUGAAGUACGCCGGUUAUUCCACUUGCUUCCGCAAGGAGGCCGGUGCCCACGGCAAGGAUGUCUGGGGCAUCUUCCGCGUCCACGAGUUCACCAAGGUCGAGCAGUUCUGCGUCACCGAGCCCGAGAAGUCGUGGGAGAUGUUCGACCACAUGAUCUCCAACUCGGAGGCCUUCUACCAGUCGCUCGGCAUCCCGUACCGCGUCGUCGCCAUCGUCUCGGGCGCCCUCAACAACGCGGCCGCCAAGAAGCUCGAUCUCGAGGCUUGGUUCCCCCACCAGGGCGAGUUCAAGGAGCUCGUCUCGUGCUCCAACUGCACCGACUACCAGUCCCGCGACCUCGAGAUCCGCUUUGGCGUCAAGAAGCAGACCGACAUCAAGAAGACCUACGUCCACUGCCUCAACUCCACCCUGACCGCCACCACCCGCACCAUCUGCGCUAUCCUCGAGAACUUCCAGACCCCCGAGGGUGUCAAGGUUCCCGAGCCUCUGCGCAAGUACCUCCCCGGUGCUCCCGAGUUCAUCCCUUUCGCUCCCGAGCCCGUCAAGGAGGUUAAGGAGGGCAAGGGCGGCAAGAAGGGCGAGGCUGCUCCCAAGAAGGAGGAGGCUCUUCCUAUUCGCCAAUAA